AUGAAGAGUCUUCUACAACCAUUACCAACAUCCUUCACUCUACGCUUCCUCCCUUCUACCCUCUCUCCCAGUACUACCAUUAUACUCACUCCCGCUCCAUUACUUCAUCUUUCUCAACCUCCUUCCAUACGGCGUCGUCUCUCUCUCCAAUCCAUGGCCUUCUCUUCUCAAUCUUUAACUCAAAAUUUAUCCACUCCCGAUGAUAACGUUUUUCAACUCAUCCAGGCUCAUCAGGAAAAAGCAGCUCGCCUGCCUCCGAUUGAGGAAGUCAGAACCCUACUCGAUCACAGCUUACGCGGCAUCCUUUCCACUUUCUCUCAGAAGCACGAGGGUUAUCCAUCAGGUUCCAUGGUUGACUUUGCUUGUGAUGCUUAUGGAUCUCCAAUAUUAGCUGUCAGUAACUUGGCAGUUCAUGCAAAGGACCUGUUAGCUAAUCCCAAAUGCUCACUGCUUGUCGCAAAAGAUCCAGAGGAUAGGUCCGACUUAGUUAUUACAGUACACGGCGAUGCAACUCCAGUCGAUGAGAUCGAAAGAGAUGCUGUUCGCUCUGCAUAUUUGGCUAAGCAUCCCAAUGCAUUUUGGGUCGACUUUGGUGACUUCCAAUUCCUGCGCAUUGAACCCAAAGUUGUACGAUAUGUCACAGGUGUUGCGACAGCUUUGUUGGGGUCGGGAGAAUUCAGCAAGGAGGAGUUUAGAACUGCCAAAGUGGAUCCCAUAUUUCAGUUUUCAAAGCCUAUAACUUCCCACAUGAAUAAGGAUCAUACAGAGGAUACAAAGCAGAUUGUGCAGCACUCUCUGUCGAUACCGGUGGAUUUUGCUUACAUGUUGGACGUAGACAGUCUUGGUUUCAAUGUGAAGGCUAGCUGCCAAGGAGAGACAUUCAAGCUUCGAAUUCCGUUUACUAGAUGUGCAGUGGACAGAAAGGAUGUGAAGACACUCAUAGUUGAAAUGCUUCAAGCAGCCAAGACACGGGGAAAUUGA